CUUCCUACUUUUAUUCCGUAAAUAACGUAUUGAACGCCCAUUAGGUUGCAGCCUCAGUGCUAGGUUCUGAGAAUAUCGUGGUGGCUGAAGCUGACAUGGUUACUCCGUGCCUGGAGAGUAACAUUUCGUGGGGGGAUCACAUUAAACACAUUAUCAUGCAAGCAAAAGUAUAAAUACAAAUUGUAACAAUUACUGUGGGAGUUCUAUUUAGAUAGGGUGCUCAGGGGAGACUUUCUGAAGGAGGUGACGUUUAAGCUGCAACUUGAGAAGUUAUGACAACGGCCAGGGAAAGUACAUUCCAGGCAGAGGGAACAGCCCUGGUGGAUGCCUGAGUUGGCAAAGAAGUUGGCAUGGAGCAUGUUCAGUAUUCAGGAAGAGAAGCUUAUGAUGUCUCAAGCACUGUGAUGGACGUACAGAAUAUAAUGUUUAUCUUCUGGUUCUUGGGAACACACCAUCUAGUAAGGAAGUUUCUAGACUGUCAAUCAGUAUUUACCCUAAAUUGAUUUCAAGACCGCAUUAAUGGGUUGUGACUGGCAGCUGGAUAAAUUUGAUUUGCUCAGCCAUAGAGAGAUGUGAUUGUGAUAAUGGAUCAUCAUGUUUCUACCAUCAAACCUCGAAGAAUCCAAAACCAAAAUGUCAUUCACCGCUUGGAACGCCGGCGAAUCAGUUCAGGCAAGGCAGGUACCCAUUGGCAUCAGGUCCGAGUGUUCCACCAGAAUGUCUUUCCCAACUUCACAGUGGUCAACGUUGAGAAGCCUCCUUGUUUCUUACGUAAAUUCUCACCUGAUGGGCGCUACUUUAUUGCUUUUUCUUCAGACCAGACCUCUCUCGAAAUCUAUGAGUACCAGGGCUGCCAGGCAGCAGAGGACCUACUGCAGGGAUAUGAGGGGGAUAUCCUGUCCAAUGGCAAUGACCAGCGGUCAGUCAAUAUCCGGGGCCGGCUCUUUGAACGCUUUUUUGUCCUGCUGCACAUCACCAACGUGGCAGCCAAUGGCGAGCACCUGAACCGGGAGUGCAGCCUCUUCACUGACGACUGCCGCUGUGUCAUCGUGGGCUCCGCUGCCUACCUCCCAGAUGAGCCUCACCCUCCUUUCUAUGAGGUCUAUCGAAACAGCGAGUCAGUGACUCCCAACCCACGGUCCCCUCUGGAGGACUAUUCCCUCCAUAUCAUUGACCUUCACACUGGCCGCUUAUGUGAUACCCGUACUUUCAAGUGUGACAAAGUGGUCCUGUCACACAACCAAGGGCUGUAUUUGUACAAGAACAUCCUGGCCAUCUUGUCAGUGCAGCAGCAGACAAUCCAUGUCUUCCAAGUGACUCCCGAAGGAACUUUCAUUGAUGUGCGGACUAUUGGCCGCUUUUGCUACGAGGAUGACCUGCUCACUGUGUCAGCUGUUUUUCCUGAGGUACAGCGGGACAGUCAGACAGGCAUGGCCAAUCCCUUUAGGGAUCCUUUCAUCAAUUCCCUGAAGCAUCGGUUGCUGGUAUACUUGUGGCAUCGGGCAGAACAGGAUGGUAGCGCAAUGGCCAAGAGGCGCUUCUUCCAGUAUUUUGACCAGCUGCGUCAGCUACGCAUGUGGAAAAUGCAGCUUCUGGAUGAAAACCAUCUGUUUAUCAAGUAUACGAGUGAGGAUGUAGUGACACUGCGGGUCACAGACCCAUCACAGGCUUCUUUUUUUGUGGUAUACAAUAUGGUGACAACAGAGGUGAUUGCUGUGUUUGAGAAUACAUCAGAUGAGCUUUUGGAACUCUUUGAAAACUUUUGUGACCUCUUCCGUAAUGCUACCCUGCACAGUGAAGUUCAGUUUCCCUGCUCAGCUUCCAGCAACAAUUUUGCAAGGCAGAUCCAACGCCGGUUCAAAGACACUAUUAUAAAUGCCAAAUAUGGUGGGCACACGGAGGCAGUACGCCGUCUGCUGGGCCAGCUUCCCAUCAGUGCCCAGUCUUACAGUGGCAGCCCCUACCUUGAUUUGUCUCUCUUCAGCUAUGAUGACAAGUGGGUAUCAGUCAUGGAGCGGCCCAAGACUUGUGGAGAUCACCCUAUCAGGUUCUACGCCCGGGACUCUGGUCUGCUGAAGUUUGAGAUCCAGGCAGGCCUACUGGGCCGUCCCAUCAGCCACACAGUACGACGCCUUGUUGCCUUCACUUUUCACCCUUUUGAGCCUUUCGCCAUUUCCGUGCAGAGGACUAAUGCUGAGUAUGUUGUCAACUUCCAUAUGCGACACUGCUGCACGUAGGUGCCUCACCAAAGCCAGCUUCUCUGGUCUUCCAAGACUUCCAGGACUUCCAAGAUUUCUUAUCUCAGUAGACUCCAUAGCACAGCUUCUGACUGCCAGCUGCGAUCCCUUGGUUCCCAAUUGGUAUACCUUGAAUGAGAGAGCCAGAGGAGAGGAGUGAGGUGGCUCAGCCUAACUGAAUUCUUUUAUUGUCUACCAUCUAACUGUUGAUUGAUUUAAAGUCCUCUUGCCUUUUCCCUGUGGGAAUGCCCAGCAUUAAUUAAGUCUAGUUAAUUUUUGUUUUAUUUUUCAUUUUAUUGCUGUGAAGAUGAUAGCAUUACACCUGUACCCCCAUCACGACACUGCUUUGGCAUUGUGUUUUGCAACGUGAAACAGGUAAAUCUUUUUUCCUCACGAGAGUAAGGGCUCUCUUAAUAAGAAUAAAAUAAAUAAAUAAAGCCUUGAUAUUUUCUUAAAUA